UUUUAGGGCUUGUGGGUUUUGUCAUCAAACUUGCAACUAUUCAGCAGCCCCUCCCCCUAUGUCAGGCAUGUUGGACGUGGCAAAAGCAACGUUGUCAGAAGUUACUGUUACAAUUACACGUUCUAGACAGUAGAGCCAGGAUCUUUUCAACAGGAGACCAGUGAAUUUUGAUAGAACUAGAAAAGAUAAGAAGACCAGCCCAAAAUGGGCAACACGUGGCAACGAGUUGGGAAGAGGUUUAACCAACAAGAAAUCAAAAUUAUUAUGGUUGGCCUUGAUGCUGCCGGAAAGACUACCACACUGUACAAGAUGAAGCUUGGGGAAGUUGUCACAACCAUUCCCACCAUUGGAUUUAACGUUGAGACUGUCAACUACAAAAAUAUUAACUUCACUACAUGGGACGUCGGAGGAAGAGGCAGAGUUAGACCUCUUUGGAGACACUACUACCAAAACAUCGAUGUACUCAUCUUUGUAGUGGACAGCAACGACAGGGACAGAAUUGAAGAGUGCAAAGACGAGUUAUGGAGGUUCCUGACAGAGGAUGAAUUGAAAGAAAGCAUUCUUUUGGUGCUGGCCAACAAACAGGACCUCCCGAAUGCAAUGAGCACUCAAGAAGUCACUGAGAAACUAGAUUUGACCUCCAUCAAAGAAAGAAAUUGGUAUAUCCAAGGCUCCUGUGCUACCAAAGGAGACGGUCUCUAUGAGGGACUGGACUGGUUGAAGUCGACACUCACUCAGCAAAGACUGAAAAAGACUAUGGUGAAACCAGUCGAAGAGACAAUUCCAAGCUUAAAAAACUCUGUUAAGAAUUCUUGGUGGACAUCUAUAGCUAGCUAUUUUGCGAGAGCUGCAUCUCCCAAAAUGGGCAACACAUGGCAACGAGUUGUGAAGAGGUUUAACCAACAAGAAAUCAAAAUUAUUAUGGUUGGCCUUGAUGCUGCCGGAAAGACUACCACACUGUACAAGCUGAAGCUUGGGGAAGUUGUCACAACCAUUCCCACCCUUGGAUUUAACGUUGAGACUGUCAACUACAAAAAUGUUAACUUCAUUACAUGGGACAUCGGAGGAAGAGACCAACCUAGACCUCUUUGGAGACAUUACUUCCAAAAAGCUGAUGUACUCAUCUUUGUAGUGGACAGCAACGACAGGGACAGAAUUGAAGAGGUCAAAGACGAGUUAUGGAGGCUCCUUGGAGAGGAUGAGUUGAAUGAAAUCAUUCUUUUGGUUCUGGCCAACAAACAGGACCUCCCGAAUGCAAUGAGCACUGAAGAAGUCACUGAGAAAUUGGAUUUAACCUCCAUCAAAGAAAGAGACUGGUAUAUCCAAGGCUCCUGUGCUAUCAAAGGAGACGGUCUCUAUGAGGCACUGGACUGGUUGAAGUCGACACUCACUCAGCAAAGACUGAAAAAGACUAUAGUGAAACCAGUCAAAGAGACAAUGCUAAGCUCAAAAAACUAUGUUAAGAAUUCUUGGUGGACAUCUUUAACUAGCUAUUUUGUGAGAGCUGAAUAAUUUUCUUUUUUUUGUUUUUUUGUACACCAGUGUGUGGUGUGUGUAGGGUUAGUUAUGAA